AUGUCAACCUUAUCUCAACCUCAGACGCCGGCGGCUCUCGAUAGCCCCCUGCGAGAACAUCGACAUCGGCCUGUCGAGAGACUCACGGACCGCCUGGAGACCCCAUCCCUUGAUGACAGAAAGUACCGCGUGGUGAGGCUACCGCCGAACCAGCUGGAAGUGCUCCUGGUCCACGAUGCGGAAACGGACAAGGCCAGCGCGGCCAUGGAUGUCAAUGUGGGCAACUUCAGCGACGAAGAGGAUAUGAGUGGCAUGUACCCAGUGGAAAACGCCUACUCCCAAUAUCUCUCCUCGCAUUCUGGAGCCUCUAAUGCGUAUACGGGCGCCACAUCUACAAACUACUACUUCGACGUUGCGGCAAAGAAAGCCGAGGAUGCUUCCCCGGACGAGGCCUCUCCAUUAUAUGGAGCCCUGGACCGAUUCGCGCAAUUCUUCAUUGAUCCUCUUUUCCUUUCUUCAACAUUGGACAGGGAGCUACGAGCAGUCGAUUCCGAAAACAAGAAGAAUUUGCAAAGCGAUCAAUGGCGAUUACAUCAGCUGGAAAAGUCCCUGUCGAACCCAAAGCAUCCAUAUUGUCACUUUUCUACGGGAAAUUUAGAGAUCUUGAAGACGCAGCCAGAGGCACGGGGAAUUGAUGUCCGACAAAAGUUUAUGGAUUUUCAUGAGAAGCAUUAUUCAGCCAACCGCAUGAAACUCGUUAUCUUGGGGAGGGAACCAUUAGAUGUCUUGGAGGGUUGGGCUGCAGAUCUUUUCGCCGGAGUCCGGAACAAGAGCCUGCAACAAAAUCGAUGGGAAGAUGAAGUGCCGUUUGGACCGGACGACCUCUUGACUCAGUGCUUUGCGAAGCCGGUAAUGGAUUCUCGACAAUUGGACCUCUCGUUUCCCUUUAUUGAUGAAGAGCUCUUAUUCGAAUCGCAACCGAGUCGGUACAUUAGCCAUCUGAUUGGCCACGAAGGGCCUGGAAGUAUAAUGUCGUAUAUCAAGUCAAAAGGUUGGGCCAAUGGACUAAGUGCAGGUGCAUAUCCCGUGUGUCCAGGCACGCCAGGAAUAUUCAACUGCCAAAUUCGGUUAACAGAAGAUGGCCUAAAGAAUUACAAGGAAAUCGUAAAGGUCUUCUUUCAAUACAUUUCACUGCUCAAGGAGACUCCGCCUCAGGAAUGGAUUUUCCAGGAACAGAAGGGCCUGGCCGAUGUGGAUUUUAAGUUCAAGCAAAAGACCCCAGCCAGCCGGUUCACGAGUAAGAUCAGCGCGGUGAUGCAGACGCCUCUACCUCGGGAAUGGCUCCUCAGCGGACACAGCACACUUCGGAAAUUUGAUCCCGUCAAGAUCGAGGAGGGCCUCCAAUGCCUGAGACCAGAUAACUUCAGGAUGACCGUAGUAUCCCAAAAAUUCCCGGGCACCUGGAAGCAAAAGGAGAAAUGGUACGGAACCGAAUAUACUUAUGAGAAAAUCCCAGCAGACUUCCUUGCCGAAAUCAGACAAGCUGCAAAGAGCACAGUCAAGAAUCGGUUGAUGGAAUUGCACUUACCGCAUGAAAAUCAGUUCAUUCCCACGAAGCUCGAGGUUGAGAAAAAGGAAAUCAAGGAACCGGCACUCUCUCCGAAGCUCAUUCGAAAUGAUGAUCUUGUUCGGACCUGGUUCAAGAAGGACGAUCAAUUUUGGGUACCCAAGGCCAAUCUUUUUGUUAACUGCCGGAAUACUCUGCCAAAUGCGACAGCAGAGAAUAGUUUGAAGGCAAGACUGUACACCGAUAUGGUACGGGAUGCGUUGGAGGAGUACUCAUAUGACGCCGAGCUCGCGGGGCUGGAUUACUCGGUAUCUGCCCACUCCAUGGGCAUUGAGAUCGCGGUUUCGGGCUAUAACGAUAAGUUAUCGGUGCUGUUAGAGAAGGUUUUGGUCACCAUGAGGGAUAUGGAGAUCAAGGAGGAUCGGUUCGAGAUCAUCAAAGAAAGAGUCUUACGAGGCCUCAAAAACUGGGAUUUCCAACAACCGUACAAUCAAGUUGGGGACUUCACCAGGUGGCUGAACGCUGAAAAGGGUUACACCAACGAGCAGAUUCUUGCCGAGCUGCAUCACCUGACCGCAGCUGACAUUCAGCAAUUCUAUCCCCAUCUUCUUCGACAGAUGCACAUCGAGACCUUCGUACAUGGAAACCUGUACAAGGAGGAUGCUCUGAAAUUGAGCGACCUCAUCGAGAAUCUGUUGAAGCCGAGACCACUUCCUCAAACACAAUGGCCUAUCGCCCGACAAUUGAUAUUCCUACCGGGGAGCAACUUUCUGUUCCGGAAGACACUUAAGGAUCCAGCAAAUGUCAACCACUGCAUUGAAUACUUACUGUACAUUGGCGACAAGUCGAUCCGGCCAUUGCGUGCGAAGACUCUCCUCCUCGAUCAAAUGACCCAUGAACCCGCCUUCGAUCAACUUAGGACCAAGGAGCAGCUUGGAUAUGUCGUGUUCACUGGGGCUCGACCUACCUCUACGACCAUUGGGUUCCGAUUCAUUAUUCAGAGCGAGAAGACCCCCCAAUACUUGGAGUCAAGAAUCGACAGCUUCCUUUCAACCUGGGCGGAGACUUUGGAACAGAUGUCUGAUGCGGAAUUUGAAGGCCACAAGAGAAGUUUGAUCACGAAGCGCUUGGAGAAGUUGAAGAAUCUGGAUCAAGAGUCCGGCCGUCUGUGGUCGUACAUCGACAGCGAGUAUCUCGACUUUGAGCUCAUUCACCACGACGCUGCUCAUGUCAAGAUGCUUACCAAGGCCGACAUGAUCGAGUUCUAUCAGCAAUUCAUUCACCCCUCAUCUCCAGUGCGAUCAAAGCUGGCGAUUCACAUGGCUGCCCAGUCACCUAGCUCAGACACAUCUGCUGUCGAGGAAGUCGUCGGCAAGGGCACGAAAAUUCUAGGUCUCAACAAGGACCACAAGGACGAGGAAGACGGAGAAGCAGUGAGCGUUAAUACGGAAGGCAACGGCACCACACCCUACAUCAUCACCGACGUCCGGGAAUUCAAGUCCAUGCUCCAGGUCAGCGCUGGCCCUCAGCCCGUGAAGCACAUCAGCGAGUUCGAGGACCUCGAAUCGAAGCUAUGA